CUCUGACUUCUCCCCCCUUUCUUCCCGCCCCCCCUGCCGCAAUCCACCCCGCCCGAGAGUCCCGGCGCGUCGCGUAGAAAAGCUCUAGGUAGUGAGCCCCCCCUGGCCGGCCUCCCAGGCUCCCGCGGUGGCACCUGCGCACAUAAGUUCGGCCUAGCGGUUCUGAAGCUGGCACGAAGGAAAACUGGUUCCCUAAAGCUAAAGAGACUAUGGUUGAAAAUUCACCAUCACCAUUGCCAGAAAGAGCGAUUUAUGGCUUCGUUCUUUUCUUAAGUUCCCAGUGUGGUUUCAUACUCUAUCUCGUGUGGGCAUUUAUUCCUGAGACUUGGUUAAACUCCAUAGGACUAACAUAUUGGCCUCAAAAGUAUUGGGCAGUUGCUUUGCCAGUCUACCUCCUUAUUACUUUAGUAAUUACUUACAUAUUAUUAUUUGGAAUUAAUAUGGUGAAUACUUCUCCACUGGACUCUAUUCAUACAGUCACAGAUAACUAUACCAAAAAUCAGUCACAGAAGAAAUCUCAAGAAAAAGCUGUUCCAGCUUUAAAAGACAUACCUAUUAGUGAAGUGAAUCAAAUGUUCUUUAUUGCUGCCAGAGGACUUUACACUAAAAGCUGAAUUAUACAAAGAACAUCUCAGUCCCAAAUAUUCAUUUAAGAACUUUUUGAAUAGGACUAUUUUGACUACCAACUUUCUGUUUCCCUCAAACAUCUUGUAUUAAUUGAGAAGGAAAAAAGAUCCAAGUUGAAUGAAAAGAAAACUGACUGGAGCUGGGAAAACCUUGUCUCAGAUCUCACUUCUGAGACAAUAGUUGAAUGACCCUGGGCAAAUCACUUCUCAAUGCUCAAUGUAACUCUCUAAAACUUGCCACAGAAAAGAUGCAGAGUUCCCUCUUCUGGGGAUUUCUUUUGUCGGUUUCAUAAUGGGUGAAGUCCCUCUCAAUCAUAUUUUUCUGGAAUGAGAUUCCAAAUAUUAGUUGAUGAAUGGAAGAAAUAAAAUACUACAUAUCAUAUUUACUAGAAAAGCUCUAAUUAAACAUUUAAAUUGUAGUUAAUGAACAAGAA